AUGAACCUGUGUUACUCCCUUGUCUUCCUGGUCGCUGGUCUGUUAGCCUCCGGUGAAAACGUUGCAGCGACCUCACCUGGUCGAGCCCUGAGGGUGCAGACAACCAGAAAUGAAGGACCGUGCGAAAUCUGGUUGGACGGAAGCUAUACUGAAACCGACUGCCGGAAGAACGAGUAA